AUGGAAGAAAGUUCGGUUUUAUGGAUGCUUUCACUGGUAAUGUUAAUUGGUUCCUGUAUAGCUGGAUCCUUGCCAUUAGUCAUGAAUUUAUCCGAGGAUAAAUUACAACUGGUUUCGAUACUUGGCGCUGGGCUUCUUGUAGGUACUGCACUAGCUGUGAUUAUACCUGAAGGUAUAAGAGCAUUGUUUACUGAUGGGAGCAGUAGUGAUCAAGGAGUUCAUAAUGAUCCUCAUUCCCUAAUAGGCAUUAGUUUAAUACUUGGUUUUGUAUUUAUGCUUCUGGUUGAUCAGUGUUCAGCUAGAAGAAGUGGAGGAAGAGAAAAGAGUGUUACUGCUACUUUGGGUCUUGUAGUUCAUGCAGCAGCUGAUGGAGUAGCAUUAGGAGCUGCUGCAACUACAUCACAAGCUGAUGUAGAAUUAAUUGUUUUUUUAGCAAUAAUGCUGCAUAAGGCACCUGCUGCAUUUGGUCUGGUAUCAUUUUUACUACAUGAAGGAGUAGAUAGGAAAAAAAUUGGUAGACAUCUUUUAGUAUUUUCUUUAGCUGCUCCUUGUCUUGCUCUUCUAACAUAUUUUGGUAUUGGGAAAGAAGGAAAAGAAACACUUAGUAAUGUUAAUGCAACUGGAGUAGCAAUGUUAUUUAGUGCUGGUACAUUCCUAUAUGUUGCAACUGUACAUGUUCUACCAGAACUAAUGACAAGAAAUAACAGCAACUAUACACAUCUACCAACUGCCGAAAAUGUUACAGUAUCGUCUGGACUUAAAGUUAAAGAAAUAUUAGUUUUAGUAAUGGGCUCAUUUUUACCUGCAUUAAUUACAACUGGUCAUCAUCAUUGACAAAAUAUGAUACAAAAAAUACAUUUGUUUUUUCACUA